AUGGCAACUGCUCAGAAGCAAAGGAAUUGCACGAGUGCAGUUGUAUUCCCUAAAAAAAUCGCCACGGAGCAGCAGUCCCUGAUGCUGGUGAAGAGGCUCCUGGCAGUGGCCGUGUCCUGCAUCACGUACCUGAGAGGGAUCUUCCCUGAGAGUGCCUAUGGAACCAGAUACAUGGAUGAUGUCUGUGUCAAAAUCCUGAGGGAAGACAAGAACUGCCCUGGCUCCAGCCAGCUGGUGAAAUGGAUGCUGGGGUGCUACGAUGCCUUGCAGAAGAAAUACGUGAGUCUUGCAGUCUCCUUUCAAGGUUUGGACACGAGGAAGGCCAGCAUCCUGCUCAUCCGCAAGAUCUUCGUGCUGAUGCAGAACCUGAGCCCUCUGCCCAGCGACGUCUGCCUCACCAUGAAGCUGCUCUACUAUGAUGAGGGUACCCUGCCCCUGACACCCCCCGAUUACCAACCCCCGGGCUUCAGGGAGGCCAAGUGUGAGGGGCUGCUGUUCAACGAGGAGCCCACCCACCUCAACGUGGGGGAGGUGCCCACCCCCUUCCACCUGCUCAAACUCAAGAUCACCACCGAGAAACAGCGCAUGGAGCACGUGGGCAGAGACAUCCUGGGGCAGGGGGAGAGGGAGGAGUCCCUCCAGCCAGGAGGAGAGGAUCCUGCCCCGGCCACCAAAGUGGGGGAUGAGAACCACCAGGAUGUUUCAGAAGCUCAAGAAACAAGCUCCACCUGUGGAGAGGAAGCUGGAGGGAUCCAAACUCCAAAUGUUUCUAACCCUCAGGUGGAUCAUUUGGCCCAAAAAACGUCUGAGCUGGUUGUGUCAGAGAGCAGGACCAGGAGUGGGAAGAUAUUCCAGAGCUGCCUU